AUGUCCCUCGUCCUCAUCACCGGAGCUACCGGCUUCAUCGGCUCUCAAGUUGCUCUGCACAUUUUGAAUGCCGGAUACCGAGUGCGUCUCGCCAUUCGCCGGCCCGAACAAGGCAAUAAAUUGCGCCGUGUUCUGGUCCACGAAGAUCAGAUUGAGUUUUCGAUUGUUCCGGACAUUACUAUCGCCGGGGCAUUUGAUGCCUCCCUGCAAGAUGUGCAGUACAUUAUUCACAUUGCAUCCCCGCUAGCCAGUGGCGGCGGCGCGGAUCUCCUGACGCCUGCAGUUCGCGGAACGGUGUCAAUUCUCGAAUCAGCGACGAAGGCUCACUCAGUCAAGAAAGUGGUUAUCACCGCGAGCGUGCUGUCGCUAGUCUCACUCGGAGAAGUCGCCAAUUUAGAUGUCGUUCGUGAAACUAGCACCGUCGACUACAACAUCGACGUCUCAAAAGUGACCUCCCUGGAUCCGAUGGGUCAGUACCACGCUAGCAAACUGGCGUCGUACAAAGCAACUAUCGACUUCGUGCAGACCCACCAACCGCCCUUCGACGUCGUCACCCUGCACCCCGUCUUCGUCUUUGGCCGUAGUCUGGUUCAAGAAACUGCAGCCGAGCUGGGCGGUACAAACGGUAUGCUCUUCCAGACGUUGGUGGCCGAGAAGCCGCUCAUGAGCCAGUAUCUGGGAGUUCAUGUGCUAGAUGUAGCGGAUGCGCAUGUCAGAGUGCUGGGUGAUGAUGUCAAAGGGUUUGAGUCGUUUUUGUUGUCAUCGGAUGGGAGAAACUGGGCCGAGGUACAGGGGUUUGUGAGAAGGGAGUUUCCCAAAUUUCCACUGGGGUGGUCUGGUGUGGAAGAAAAGAAGAGGCGGUAUUCUGUCGAUGCUGCGAAGGCGAGGAGAGAAUUGGGGAUUAAUUUCCUCGGCAUGGAGAGGCAAGUGGGUGAUUUGCUGAAGCAGCAGAUGGAGCUGCGAGAGGGGAUUCAAUCGGCAUCGGACGGUGGUGGAAGCCGUGCUGGAACGCUCUCAUAUGCAUGA